GGGACUGGAAUAUCCUCCAUGUGGAACAAUAGGAGAUAUUUCUGAUCAUAACGGAGACAAGGAACCAUCAAGAUGCCACACCUGGAGCAGGUAUUGAGGACUUUACCAUCUCCUCUAGUCAGGAAGCUGGCAUUGCAACAUGGACUAUUGCACACCUCAGGCUUCGCGUCGUCACAACCCCGUGGACAGCAUCUGCCGCAAACUUCAGACCAUUCAGUGGCGCGGUGACCGAGAACCCAAUUCACCUUUCCAGAUUCCCAAACUUUCCUCCAGCAGUUACGACAGUCCUCAGCGCACACUCAGGCACAACCUGGAAGCCAUACUGAAGAAGGGAACCUUCCCCAGAGACGAGAAGGUGAAGGAGAAGGACAGAGGGAUGGGGAUGCCAAACUCUGCAGCUUCCCAGAGGAGCAGCCUGGGUCCCUUUGCCCCACUUUCAACCCCCAUACGCACCCCUCCUACCCCAACUAACAUCACUUACACCAUUACAAGCACCCUGGGAGAAAGGAGAGGUGCUGAUGGGACUAAUUUAAAACAAGCCAAGACAUGGCAACGGUACUGCUCAACGCCUGCAGGCCAGCCUAAGGAGUCCCCUUAUUUAACACUCACAAAAGGACCUCACUCAACACUGCCUGAAAGUGAUGGGACAAGCAGGAGCCCACCUCUGCUCCAUACCUUCACCCCAAGUAACAGCACCUUCACCUACGACCUCAACUUUUGCUCUGCAGAUUCUAAUUCAACUGACUCUGACCUGCCCUACCCGGCGCUGGUUGUUAAAAGACUAUCCAUGGGUGAUGGAGGACCGUCGGUCGUCUCAGAAAACAAGAAGAAUAUGGCAGAAAUCAGCCUCAUCUGUGAAGAGAAUCUGCUCGAUACCAUUUUUCAUGCUUGUGACACCCAACGCAGAGGUAAAGUGUACGUGUCCCAUAUUGUGGACUAUCUACGUCACACCACCAGUCGCACCUCGGAGGACAGCGGGCUGGAGGAACUCUGCAACAUGCUGGACCCAGAACACAAAGACGUCUCCAUUGAUCUGGACACGUACCACGCCGUCAUGAGGGAGUGGAUCGAUGACUGCCGUAACAACGGGGAGGAGUCGGCAGAGGACAUCAACCAGGACGACUCAGUAAAACUCAGAGACGCCGCAAGGUCCCUGCUGCUUAAUAUAACCUCAGGAAGUUUGGAGGCCUUUGGAGGAGAAGCAUCCAGAGCAGAAUUUGAAACAUCAGAUCUGGUGUACUGUGUUACUGACCUCCAGAUGAGCAACCAAAAGCUCCUAGAGGAGGUAAAAAAACUGAAGCAGGUGGUAGAGAGCAUGGAGGAGAGCAACCAGAAGCUUGCUGAGGAAAACGAGGAGCUACACACUCAGGCCAGGGUUAACCAGCAGCUGGCCCAGAAGGAGAAGAUGCUGAAGGAGGAGGUGGAGGAGAUGAAGGCCACUCUGAGCUGCACAGAAGAAAGCCGAGCUCGCGCCUCUGCACACAGCAAACACAUGGGAAGAGAGAAUCAGAGUCUCAUUGCUAAGAUUGCAUCUCUUCAGGAUGAGAACUUCAAGAUCACCAUGGAGACGGACGAGCUUCAAAAGAGAAUAAAGGAUCUGCGUGACAUUAAUGUUGACCUUCAGGGUCAGAUUCACACUUUUGAUGCCGUUAUUACUGAAAAAGAAUCCGCCAUAUUAGAGAAGAGCAGACGGAUAAAUGAGCUGAACACAGCGGUGGAGGAGUACUGUGCUCUCACACAGCUGUUGAGGGGGGAAAAGAGCAAGCUGGAGAACCAGAUGCAGAUGAUCCUCCCAGAUCUGGCUGGGGCGAGUAUGUCCUUGUCGGUGGCUUACAGGUUGAAUCAGAGCAACUUAGGAUCCCUGGAAACAGAGCUGGCCCUGGCUCAGUCACCACUGGAGGCUCCACAUGGAGAUGACCGUUUUUUCACCACUAUGAGCCUGGGGUCACCGCUGGAUGAGACGCUGGACAGAGAGGUGUUUCUGAUGCUGCAGGCCCCCAACCCUGAACACAUGGCUCUAGAGUUCAAAAGCCUCCUUAAUAAACUGAAAAGGGACUUCAGAGAAGAUACAGACUGUGUCUUAUCUAAAGUUAGAGGCUUGUUGGAUGACACCACGCAGCAGGACGGUAACACAACUGGCUGUCUUCAGACGGUGCAGGCUGAGCUGGACAAUCGGAGGGCUGACUGGCGUGCCAGCCUUGACCAACUGGCCCAGUACACAGACUCGUUAGAAAAGGAGCUGUUCAAAAUGGCCAGUAACAUGAGGAGAUCCCGCACUGAGAUACUCCACCUGCAAGUCAGGGUGCAGGAGCAGGAGACCCAGAAGCGGCAGCUGUGUGAGGAGCUCGAGCACCUGAAGACACCUCAGGACAGCAGAGAGGCCUCAUGUCAGACACCUGCACCAGAGGAGGAGGAGGAGCCUGGAGAGGAGUUGGACUGGGAUGAGGAGUUUGCUCUCCAAGACCUCUUGAAAAACGAACUAGCGAGCAGGAACUGCUGGGUGCAGGACAGACAAGGUGACGGCAGGUGUGAAGAAAUGGAUAACAGAUUAUCGGACAGAGGUGAAGAAGACGAUGGGGGGGAGAGGUGGACAGUGGUGGAAACUGCAGGAGAAGUGAGGGACGCGUCGACUCCUUUUUCUGCGGGCUCGGUGGAGGCUGAGAUCGGGCAGAGAGCAGAGGAAGAAGGGCAAGAUUUUACCACCAGCACAGAAUCGGAACCAGAGGUUAUCUGUCAACCUUUGCAGGAGGAGGCAGCAGCACCAUUGAGCGCCCACUCACAAGCUGUCAGCACAAGACACCCAGAGGCAGAUGCUCUUCCUGAUCUGUCCCACUCAGAAAGCACAGGUGAAGGUGUUUGUGAGGGUGCAGAGUCUCCCUCCUGUGGCCCAACGCAAACUCUGAGCCCACCGUCUCAACCAGACGAAACCAUCACAUCUGGUGACAUCCAUCCGGCAGCAGCUGAUAUGGUUUCUCUCAACAGCACAUCACCGGAGGCAGAGGACACGAUCAACCAGAGUGAGAGCUGCCAGCUAACCUGUGAAGAUCCCGGGAGAGACGAGGAAGAAGACGGACUGCACUCGACGGCGUCAGAAAUGCCUCGUCACAAGAGCCUAAGUCGGGACCAUUCAGCAGACAGAUCAGCCGCAGCUGAAGACAGCACAAGCCUGUUACCUGUGCUGGUAGAGGAGGAAGAAAGCGUGCCGGACAGUGCAGCCGAGGCUCCAGCAGCCAGUCCAGCAGGGACAGAUCAGCCCUCCAGCGGAGAGCUGACCACCUUGCCCGACAGCAGCUCUCCUCAGUCUGGAACAAUCAUAAACGACAGCACAAUGAGCAACACAAACUCUGACUCCAGCGAUCCAAAGGAUCUGUUGCGCAGCUCGCAGGCUGCUGAGGAGAACACGGCUCAGGAUGAGAGAAGCGAGACCAGCGUGGCCACGGAGAGGGAUUCCGAGACGUCGGUCAUCUCUGAUGUCGAUGACACCGUCAAAGAAGACAGGAGCAGCAUAUCACCUAGUGACAAAGAGAUCGAGGCAGAGUUCCAGCGUCUGGCGCUGGGCUUCAAGUGUGACAUGUUCACUCUGGAGAAGAGGCUCCGGCUCGAGGAACGGUCACGUGAUCUUGCUGAGGAAAACGUACGCCGGGAAGUGUCCAGCUGCCAGGGCUUGCUGCAGGCUCUGACCCCUUUGUGUGAGGAUGACGGCCAGUCCAUGGAAAUCAUCCAAAGGCUUCAGAAAAACCUUGAAAUCCUCAUCCAGUCAAUGACCAGAGUUUCCAGUCGCUCAGAAAUGUUGGGAGCAAUUCACCAGGAGAACCGCAUCGGGAAAGCUGUGGAGGUCAUGAUCCAGCACGUGGAGAACCUGAGGAGGACGUACACCAAGGAGCACUCCGAGCUGCUGGAGCUGAGAGAGGCGCUGAUGCAGAAUGAGAGGUCGUUUGGAUCACAAAAAGGAAAAGAUGACUUCCAUGCCAAAAAGCAACCUUCUGGGUACUACAAGUCAUCAGCCAGGCGGGUCAGCAUAGCGGCGAUCCCCCGUACUGGUGGCAGCAACAUGCACUUUGAUAUGAGUAAAACGCAAGAUUGCUCAGAGGCUGAAGCAGAGCGGCUGACCCGGCGAUCUCCGUGGAAUGUGGCGGGGAAGAACAUGACGCGUCCCCCACUAAAACGGUUUGUUAGCUCUGCGGCCUGGGUUGACACGGAAGAGCCUUCUGACAUGAUGAAGGGGAUGGCCAGCAGCAACACAGACUGCCAGUCAGAGGAGGAGCAGAAGAAGUCAGUGCCAGAAAGGAGGUCCAGUCUCUCUGAUCUGGGCAGAAAAUUCUCCUCCCUCAUUCAUCCCCUCAAGACGAAUCAGGAUGAGCUUUUUGUAAUGCUUCCAAGCCCUUCAUCCACCCCAACGUCGACAGAACCAGGCGUGGCCCCGUCUCUGUCCCAGAGCCUGAGCAGUUCCCGGGCGGCGGCUGCAGCCGUAGCCAGAGGAAGCAGGGGUCUCUGGCUGUGGCUGGCCAUCGUGGUGGUGCUGGCAGGCCUCCUGGCACUGCUGGCCAGCCUGGUGAUGCAGCCAGCGGUGGAUGCCGCCCCCGUGGGGACAGGGGACUCGUGGAUGGCCAUCCAGCAGCUGUUGUGGCCCUACACAGGGCUUCGACACAACGGACAACCCCCUGUCUAGCCCGAGUCCAGUGGGAAUAGUGCUACUGUAUAUCACCCUUGUACAAGAGUGUGACUGGGGAAAAAGGACUAAACACAACUCUGGAGGAAAGGAUGUUGGGAUGUUUACCGGUGCCUGAAGAUUCCUAAAUCACUGCAUUGAUGGCACAGGCCAGUCCUCAAGGGGAUAGUUAACCCUGUGGAGGAUUUAAUGCAUCACUUCCUGUUUGCUGAAGUAGAUAGUCUGUGUGUGCAUGCAUGUGUCUGUGUUUACAAGGCAAAGCCGUUGGACAGGCGGUGAUGGACGGUGUCUUUAGCAGUGAGCCACCUGAUGUCAUUGACACAUUAGAGGGGUUGUCAGUGCUGCUGCUGAUGGUUUGCCCACCACAGUCUGUCACAUCAGGUUUGAUCAGUGAUCAGAGUGGGCACAACACUGACCAAUCAUGUUCCAACGGUGUAAGAGUGAUGGCACAGAUGAGACUUAACGGGGCCUCCAACUGUGCCACAUAUCUUUUUAAAUGCAUUUCAUCUUGUUGAGGAGGCAGUGACCUGCCAGCCUUUUAAUGACAUUUUAUGUUUCAUUUCCUCUUUGGUUGCAGAGGACAUUUUAUAAUGUGUCUAAACACUGGCAAUAAAACUUUGAUUGUUUAUUAAAUCUAUAUUUAUGAGUUUAGAUUUGAGUGGAAAAGUGUGUAUCUGUUCAUUCUUAAGCUUUAUGGAACCAUUUUAAAGUCUGGCUACACUGUAAGUGGUAAGUAUCCAACUUUUGACGGGUGCUAUAAUAUCUACUUGUUACAGUUUUAACACCAAAGUUUGUUUUGUUUGUUUGUUUUGUCUUUUUCUCCAAGCUCUGUGAUUGUCAGUUUUCAAUUUCAUACACUUUUGUAUGUUCCAAAGAUGAAGCGUGGAUCUUUGCACAAAUAAAGUAGCCUAUUCUAUA